AUGAAAAGCCUUCAUAUCAAAGCAAUAGUCAUCAUCACAUUUUUCAUAUCUGUGUUCAUCUUCUGCAAACAUUUCAAGGAUAACUCAGAUAAAGAGACAUGUUCUCAUAUAGCUACGAAGGAAUCGCUUACUGCCCGUGGGUCGUUCUCUACAGACGCCAGAGUGACACUGAUAAAUAUAUCCAGCACAAACCAUCCAUUGACGUCCGCUCCUAGUACUCAACCAGCCACGCCAGCGCUGUAUGUUCUAGUCACGUCUGGAAACUUCGUCCACAGAUUAGGCAACCAGCUGUUUAUAUGCGCAUCCCUGCUAGGUAUAGCCAGGAAGCAGAACAGGAUCCCGAUACUUGAGGACGGAAAGGACUUGGUUAAAGCGUUUGAGAUAAACGUUGGUGUAAACAAGAUUAAAGCUACUGGCUGGGACGACAUUCACCAGCGAAUGGUCGGUAUCUACGAACCAAAGUUCAUGAACCUCCCACAGAAGAACGUCACGGUGUCCGGCUCUCUCCAGUCAUGGCGGUUUUUCUCUCACAUCCAGGACGAGAUAAGACGAGAGUUUACAUUUCGUCCAAUCAUCCAACAGAAGACAACACGGUUUUACAACAGUUUACGCGAGAACUACACUGACACCGUGUUCAUUGGCGUUCAUGUAAGGCGGGCGGACUUUUUAACACCGGACAAUUUAAAACUUGGGUUCCAGUCUCCGGAUGUCGCGUAUUUCACAAAAGCGUUUAACUAUAUGAGGAGCAUAGUAUCCAACAACACCUUGUUUAUAGUGGCCAGCGACGACUUGGAGUGGUGUAGGGUUAACCUCAACCACACUGACGUCAAACUGUUGGAGCCGGACUCACCAGAAAACCACAUGAGUAUUUUGUCCAGCAGCGAUCACGUGAUAAUCACCGGCGGCUCGUUCGGAUGGUGGUCUGCAUGGUUGGCUAGAGGCCUCAAGAUCUAUUUUAAGGGAUUUCCUAAUCCGGGUACGAAACUUGCUAAGGAAUUUAAUCUCAGAGAUUACUACCCGCCUGGGUGGAUAGGUUUAGACAACUAG